AUGCUAAGCCUCAGACAAGAAGAAUCCCUCAACAGCAGAGACUCAGUGGAUUCAGACAAUGCACCAGAGGCAGCCAUCGCAGACGAGCCCCGAAUGGCCCAAAGCGAAGAGCCGAAGGCAUCAAAAACCAGCCUGAAGCUAGAAAUCCUCAAGAGUCUGAUCUGGGACAUUCAGAACAGCCUCAACACAAACGCGGCGGUGCCGCCCAAAAGAAUCGCAUGCUACGGAGAAACGGUAGCCGAAAAAAUGUCCAACCUAGUGAAAGAGGCAAUAAAAAUAAUUUCCGAAUCCCAAGAAGCAUCAAACCAAGUCCGAAAGAUUCUGACUCAGAUGGAGGAGGAAGAAACUGAAGCAGCAGAAGCUAUAGAAGCUUUUCAAGCAAUCGCAACCAUUUCUCACGCCACCUCUAUCAAAAUCAACCGCCGGCUAGCCUCGACUAACAAAAUCGAGAUCGAAGAACUCCAAAACAUGCUCCAAAACAAAGUUCGACCAAUAGUGGAAAAUCUUAUGAAACAAGUCCACAAGUCGCAAGUUUUUUGCUCAAAAGAGCUCGUGUUCUGGGCCAAAAUGAUGGAGCCCUCGGAGCAAGACUCAGUAUGCAGCGAGCAGCUACUGAAGCUGGAAGAAGCCGUAACGUGGAUCCUUGAGAAGCUCUGGAGUCAAUCAGCAGCGGCAAUCCUCCGAAUGGCCUUGGCGAAAUGUGAAAAACCAGCAUCUAUGACCUCGAAAACCUCGCCAAGAUUUGUCAUGCUUACGCAUAUCUGGAACCUGAGAUUCAAACAAAUCCUCAAAAGACAAGAAAGCGACAGAGAAGCGGCCUUCACGAACGAGCAGCAAAUAGCAGCGGCCAUCUCAAGGGCGAUUUUCGGAGAUAUACUUUUCCAGAUAACCAAUACCCGCUGCAUUUUCCCGAGGCUCCUGGCAAGUGCAGCACGCUCAGCAUGGACCCACCUUAACAGCAUGAUAGGCGAAUCCAACCCCAUCAGCUGCAUCCUCAAAACUUUCCUUGCCAACAUUGAUUCAAAUCCUAGCUUCACGGCGUGGGACGCGAUUCUAUCGCUUAGAAAAAUCUGGCCGAACCGUGACAGCAUCCCCGAGGCGGAAUAUAAAAUCCUCAACUUGGGCGGGAUCGAUGAUAGAAUCGAACGGGGAAUCGCUUACCCUGCCUCACUAAAGGGAACGACAUACGAGAAGCUAUUUUGGCGCAUCCCAAUCCCUCGAAGCUUCGAAUACAAUGGAUUCUACGGCCGAGGAAGCAAGAGAAAGAGAGAAGACGAAGAAGCCAGCGACAUGGGCGAGCAUCAAGGCAGAAAUGGAGGCAUUAGCAGCUAA